AUGGACAACUUUCCUGACGGAGUAUCCGCACCAGACCUUACUACAUUGUCAUAUGAUGAAACCGUUCCCUACGAAUCACAACUUCCCACUCAUCCAUCCAAUGAUCCAGAACGAGCUACAUUGCUCAACCGCAUAGGGAAUACCAGAGUGUACCUUCUCUCUGACACUGCCCAGGCAAGAAUUGCCAAGCGCAAGCACACAGAGGAAGACGAUGAUGACGUAGAUAUGGAAGAAGAUACCGCUCUGACUCUGAGAGCAAAUGCUCUGCUUCUCACUGGCACACCCAUUUCCCACCUGCCUACCGCCCGCAUCUUUGCAUACGCUACCCAUUUUGACACGCACCCCAUGGGCCUUGAAUGGCUCGACGAUAAUAGCUGCAUUCUUGUUUACGAAUCAACCGCAUCUGCGCGUACCGCACACCGGUACCUACAAAAAUCUGCUACAGAGGAUAUGGAUACAGAUGGCUUCAUCACGGCAAAACCCAUUCCAAUCACACUGUGGCCUCCAGAAGAGCGAAUAACCAAGAGCCUUGGGAAAGGCCAAGGACUAAAAGGUGUGAUACGCAUGCGUUGGGCUAAGGGCGAUGACGUAAAGAAGAAGGGCGCAAAAAAGGAGAGCAAGUUCUAUAAGAAGUAUGGAGAAACCGCCGGGAAAGAGGGUGAGGGAGGGGAAGCAUCGCAGAAGAGAAGAAGAAGAGAUGAUCCAACGGUACGAAACCGGUUAGACGAUGAUCUUGAUGCGUUUCUUGGAGCCGAUAGACCGUCCAAAAUGCAUUCCGACUAUGUGGAUGCUUCGCACAAAACUGCGGAGCGCACAUCUUCUGCGCAUUCCUCGGACCUAAAAAGUCGCAUUUCUGCGCCAUUGCCGCGCCGCGCGAGGGGUCAGCUUGCGGAUAGACUAGCUGACCUACCAAUUGACACUGAAGAAGACUGGCGCAGAGCGAGGGGUCGAGGGCGAAGAAUUCCACGUCCACAAAAAACGCAACAAGACCUUGAUGACGAGCUAGACGCUUUCUUGAAUGAGAAAGAAUAG